AUGGCUAUAGGCGGUAGAGGAGCAUCAUUGUCUCCAAAACCUCAGCCAGAAAUUCCAUAUGAUUCCGAUGGCUUAAUUUUAAGUCAAAUUUCGAAUAAAGAUGGGACAACUUGUAAUACCAGCAGAGAAGUUUCCAAGGACUGUGAAACAUCAACAGGAAGUGCUGUUGGAUCAUCCAGUAGGAAACAUACAGUGCCUGAAACGCGGAGAAUCAAAAAAGAAAAAUGUUAUCAACUUUUAACAAAUGAACGAAUGAAGUUUAUUGCACUGGAGAAUGAAGAAUUAAAUAAAGUACGGUUGAGCGAGGCCAAGUACAGGUUGGAGGAGACAAAGACAAAAACAGAGGAGGCCUCAUACAGUUUUCAGGAAGCUAAAAAUAUAAAAAAAAUGUUACUAGAGGAGACAACGUUUAGAAUGGAGGAGGCGAGGUUAACUUUGGAGUAG